AUGUCCAGCAACAACAAUACCAGGGUCUCUCCUCUCGCCAUCACUUUACCAGUGAUUGGAGUCAUCCUACUGGCCAUGAUCAUCGCCAGUUGCAGGAAGAAACGCCUCGAAGACAGAGUGGUACGGGAGCCCACACCUCCUGUUCUUCCGCAGUAUUCGCGAGAGCGAUACGCGUCUGCAAAUAUUUGGGAUACACCAAACAUAACCACCUAUCCACCUGGUGCCAAUGACAUACCCGCCGCGUACCGCGUUCCUUCGACUCGUCAACAAUCAGCUUUCCCUGUCCCAAUGACCGGCGUUUCGCGGCACAGCUCACCUGAAACCCCCCAACCAAUUCCAACGACACUCCUCGAACGUAUGAAAGAGGUGCAACAGCUGAUGUUGGAGAUCCACAGGUUGGAGGGUCGUACAGGAGUGACUGCAGAAGAGGAGAUCACCAAUCGCGACAAGAUUGCAGAACAUCACCGGAGGAUUACGGUGCUCAGUGAGAUGAACAGCCAACCCUCGCUGGAAGCUGAAGCGACGUCGAGCUCUUCGCCCGAGAUACGCGAGCCACCUCCUGCCUAUGCGCCGGCAAGAUAG